UCCAAUAUGUCCGCUACUCUUUUGAGAUAACAGGAUUGUUUUCUGUUGUUAUUAAUGACACAACAUCAUGCAGUGUUAAAUAAAUAAUAAAUAAAUUAUUUAUAAAAUAAAAGGAUAUUUAUAAUUUAUAAGUUAAGUGCAAUGUGAUUAAUUUUAUUGUGUUCAAUUAAAAAUGCAAUUUAUUUAUAAUUUUAUGAAAAGAAUAUUGUAAAAUAACGUGUAUACUGUUUGUAGUACAGUAUUUUCUUGAAAAAUAUUACUAUUGUUAUAUUUCUCUAAAUUUCUGAGAAAUCUUAAAUAUUAUGAUUAGAAAUGGCUCAAACGUCACUACUAGAAACAGACGAGCUCUCAAAAAAUUUUAUAAAUGCAAUGCGAGUUCUUUUUCGCAUUAUGGAUGAUCAGAAUACAGGUUUUAUUCAAUAUUCAGAUAUAGAAUUACUAUGGCAAGAUAAUGGAAAUGAGGGCUUGUCUAGAGGAAUUUUAGAAGCACUGAAAGAAGUUACACCACCAAACGGAUUAAUAUCAUUCGAUCGAUUCUGUGCUGGAUUAAAAAUAUGCUUACUUCGAAUAAAAAAUGAUUUAAAGUUGAAUCAUCACACUAGCCAUACCAAUAAACUCUCUACAUCCACUUUAAUCAUGGACAAUCAAACUAAAGAUCUAUGGACUCAAUCAAAUACUGCUACAAUUAGACCAAAUAAUGCAAUUUUGAAACGAACAUUUAAUAGUAAAUCUUUUGGAGCAGAUUUACAUAAAGAUUUCAGUCAUGUGCCAUUAGAUACAUCAGAUGAAAGACUGGCUGCUGAAUCUAAGUUAAUUAAUGUGCGUGGUCCACCUAAACCUCCAAGGACUAAUGUUAUGGAAAAAAGAUCUAUCAAAACUGAAAAUAGUUUCGAAAAAUUAGACGUAAAGACAGCACAAAAUUGGCAAUUAGGAUUAAUGUCUACCGAUGAUAAGUGUUCAAUGAAAGUAUCUAAACCGAAUUAUAACUCUAAUUCAAGAACUUUAUUAAAAACACAGAAAGCUGUGAGUGAUGAUAAAGGUAUGAAUGCUCAAGCAAACCAACUUGAAGUUUCAUAUAAAAAAUCAACUUCAAGAGGAAAAGAAAUACGACGUCAUACUCUCCAAAAUGGUAUCGACUAUAAUAUGAUUAAAAGAAUUAAACAAAUAGAACAAGAAAAAGAUAUUUUAUGUCAAGGGCUUGCAGCUGUUGAAAAAGCUAGAGAAUGGUAUUUAAAACAAAUAGCUUCGACUCAAGAAAAAAUGAAGCAUCUUGGUAGUAUGACAUCUUAUGAGGAACAGUGGACUGAAGCACAAGCAGAACGUUUAGAACUUCAACGAGCUCGUGUUUUGGAAGUGAAUCGUUAUUUGGCAGCUUUAACUACAAGCUGGGAACGGGGUGGACUUCCUCUACAUAUGAAUUUAGCUUUUUUGAAUACGUCUAAUCCAGUACGGAAUAAUCAAAAUGCUUAUUCUCAAUUACAGCAUCAAAAUUAUAGAUUGACUGAGGAGUUAAACAAGAAAACCCAUAAAAUUGCCUUAUUAGAAGAAGAAAAAGAAAAUCUUAUUCGAGAACUGUAUAAUCGUCAAGCUGGAAUGAUUCAAUCACGUCGAUCAACUAUGAUUCAUGAGCAACAUGAUCAAACAUUCAUUAUUUAAUUAUAAAGAAAUCAAAUUUAUAUAAUUAAUCGUGGACGCAGACUACAUUAACUAUGGAUCCAAGAAUGCUUGAAGAUUUAUUCACAUUUUUUUAAUAAAAUAAGUUUUCAUUUCGAAGAAACUACUUCCUGGUGCUGGUUACGUUUAUAGAAAAUUGAAAUUUUCCAGUAUUUCUUCAUUAAAUGCUAUAUGAGUCUGUGGUAUACUUUCUACGUUCUAGCGUCCAUCAAAUUAUAAAAUAAAUCAAUUGUUAUUAAAACAGUAUCAUACCGUGUGGGUAUUGAUGUUUAAAUUUUUUGGAAAACUUGGAAAUAAUUAAAUUUCACGAAAAAUUCACAUUUAUACAUAAA